AUGGAUGCCAGCAUCAUUGCAUCUUAUUACCGUCAUAUUCAGCUUCAAUAUGCAAUUGAUCGCGAUGAAGCCGAGGAGAAAGAUAUAUAUAAAGUCAAUCAAUUGCAGACUAAGAUUGCUUGGAAUGAAGUAUCAGCUGAAGUGAUCAAAAGGUGUUGGUUUCGCACAAAAGUUGUAUCCCCUCACGAUAAAAAUGGUGUACCUAUUGUCCUCCUCAUUACUGAUGAAGGUAUUGAUGAUAUGGAAGAAAACCUAUUUUUUGAUCCAAAUAAUGAACUAGCAGUUAAGGAACUCCAACAGCAAAUAAAUAUAUUGCAUGUUUGUAAUCCAAUGCCAAUUGAAGACUUGCUAAACCUUGAAGAAGAACAAGAAAUACACUAUCAGUUUACCAAUAAAGAUUUGAUUCACACUGCUACAGAAAUUGAACAGGAACAAUUGAACAUUUUACAUAGUGCUUUAAGAAUUGUUGAUGAAAGGAUCGACGAUGGUGGAGUAACAAUGAAAUCAUUACGCAAGCUACAAUUCUGUAUUCGUGAGGAAGUUCAAAAAGAAAAAGCUG